AUGGCGAAGCAGGGGGCGAAGAAGAUGAAGGACGAGAACAAGAAGCGCUUGGACUUACUCCUGCGCAUCAUCCUCAUAUCCAACGCUAUUUACAUAGUGGUGAGGAUGGCUAUAAUGCAUUCAUCCUUCACCUGGAAGCAUUGGAUUGGCCUUAUGGUAACAUCGGCAGCAUAUUUUCUUCCAUAUAAGCAACUCGCCAGUAUGGCAAAGCCAGUUUACUCUGAUAAUGGAGAACUACUGGAUGGUGGCUUCGAUUUGAGCACUGGUGGGGUUUGCGAGUAUUUAUAUGAUGUGAUCUACAUCACCGUCUUUGUGCAGCUGAUGUCUAUCAUUUCUGAAAAAUUUUGGUGGACAUAUUUAGUGAUUCCAGCUUUUGCUGGAUACAAGAUUUUCGGUUUGUUGAGAGGAACAUUUUUCAGUGGUGGCUCAGAGGGUGAAGUUGAAGAUGAGAAGACGCGAAAGAAAAGGGAGAAGAUGGAGAAGAAGGCAUCUAGGGGGAAGAUGAUCAAAACUAGGACUCGCUGA